AUGGCGAAGCUGUCGCCGGAGAUGCGCAGCAAGCUGGACCAGCUGGAGCGCAACUUCAACGUCACCUCGGUGAUCUUCAAGAAGUACAAGCCAAUGUUCGAGGACAUCUUCAAGUGCGUGGAGAACAGGACCUGCCGCUUUGCCACCAAAAAGCCCAAGGGACUGCGCAAGCAGCCGCUCACAUCGCUGGACAUUUUCACCUUCUGCUGGACGCUCUUCGUCUACAUCAAGUCACGGUACUCGCAGAUCAACGACGACCUGAUCAACUCCUACCACCUGCUGGUGGUCUGUCUGGACUACUGCUACUCCAGCGUCCUCUCAUUCGACAACUACGCCGACAUUAUCAACUCCAACUUUUACGACGAUCUCGCCAAGGACCUGACCACCGAUCCGCGAUCUCACAACAACGACAAUCGCGUCAGCAUCAUCGACAAGCUGUGCGUCAAGUGGAAGGGCAUCGCCAUCGAGGUGAAGCAGAUCAAGAAGCACUGGUUCGAACCGUUCCUCAAGGCGCUCACCGAAAAGGACGACACGCCCAUUCGCAAGCGCUCCAACGGCAUCAUCGACUGCGACGUGGUCGACUUUAACUACAAAUACUUCAAGCGCGAGUACGAGACCUACGUGCUGGGCAUUGGCGACUUUGACGAGUGCGUCUUCCUCAAUGAGACCGCCAGCGAGGAGCUGGGCACGGAGGAGUUUAACGGCNACAAAUACUUCAAGCGCGAGUACGAGACCUACGUGCUAGGCAUUGGCGACUUUGACGAGUGCGUCUUCCUCAAUGAGACCGCCAGCGAGGAGCUGGGCACGGAGGAGUUUAACGGCGAGGGCACUGGGAUCGGCAGCAGCUCCUCCAGCACCAUCGACAGCGUCCUUCAGCUGCGCAUGACGCCCAACUCGGCGGCGCAGAUUAAAUCCGCUGGUGCUGGCCGCAUCAACCACGACCAGCCGAACAACCUCAUGCCGAUGACGCCCCUGAGCUCGCGCGACUACCUCGCCUGUCGGACGCCGGUGAACCGGGCGGUGGAGCUGACGCCGAUCACCGCCGCCACCGACUGCAUCAGCCGCCUCCAGUCGAUUCUGGUCGACCGGAAGAGCGAGCCGAGCGAGGCGCUCCGCGAGCUGCUCGCCAAGUGCAAGAGCAACCCCGUGGAGGCGAUUGCCCGCAUGAUCAAGGAGAUGGGCGACGUCUUCCUGGCCGCCUACAGCGCCAACAAUGAGAAUAACGACCCGGCGGCGGUGGGGGCGGCGGCUUCGGCGGCAGUGGGCGUCAUCCGCCGCAACGACGAGCUGCAGUACGUCGUCUCGAACAACUUCCCCAAGCGGCGCCUAGAGUUGGCCAUUGCCUUCUUCUACCGCGUCCUCGAGAACAUCCUCAACGACGAGCUGAAGAAGAUGCGGAAGUUCCCCGGCUUUGACUGCACCACCUCGCUGGUGCGCGUCCUCGAGCAGACCAUCUUCCUCCGGUCGCUCUUUGCCUGCUCCCUGGAGAUUGUCCUCCACUCCUACUCGCCCACCAGCCGCCUCUUUCCCUGGAUACUGAACAUCUUCAACAACAACAGCAGCAAUGGCGGUGGUGACGCUGAUCUCAAGCUGCACUCCUUUCACUUCUACAAGGUCAUCGAGCUGAUUGCCCGCAGCGAGCCGGUGCUCUCCCGCGAGCUGGUCAAGCACCUGAACGCCGUGGAGGAGGCGAUUCUGGAGCGGUACGCCUGGACGGCCGACUCGCCGGUGUGGGCGUUGCUCCGCGGCGGCGGGGUGGUGCCCUCCGUCGAGGAGACGCAGUCCUUUAGCUCGCCGGCGCCAAAGUUGCUGGCUGCGGCGGCUGCUGCAGCCAAUUCGGGCGUCAUCGUCCAGCCCCCCAAUGGCGCCGCCAACGUCGCCCGACGUAUGCUCGCCUUUGACGAUGAGUCGGGAGCUGCUGAUGCUGUUGCUCCUCCUCCUCCUCCUCCGCCGCCUUUUUCCGUUCCUGGACCAUCAGCACCGCCGACUGACGCCCAUCAACUGCAACAUCCUCUUUCCAAUGGCGGUGGCCCUGCUGUCAUCAAGUCUGAAGGUGAGGAGGGUGGCAGCAGUCUCGGCGGUGGCUCAAGCACGCUCAAGAAUGGAAAUCAGAAUGGAAUUCCGCCGCCGCCCCCUUCUGCCACUGCUGCUGCUGCUGCUGCCCUCAAGCAGAUCACCAGCGGCCAGCAGCUGAAGCUGUUCUUUCGAAAGGUCUACAACGUCGCCCUGCUGCGCCUGCGCGACCUGACGAAGCGGCUCGCCGUCCGCGAGGAGCUGGUGCAGAUGAUGUGGACGAUUCUGGUGGAGGCGCUGCGCGCCCACACCGAGCUGAUGUGCGAGCACCACCUCGACCAGCUGAUCAUGUGCUCGGUCUAUACGAUCUGCAAGAUGAACACCAACAUCAAAUUUGCGGAGAUCGUCAAGGAGUACCGGCUGCAGCCGCAGGCCAAGAACUAUGUGUACCGAAACGUGCUGCUCGCCAUUCGAGAGUACACCACCGGAGAGCAGGCAACUGCAACUGCAGAGGUGGCGGAGAACACCGGCGACCUGAUCAAGUUCUACAAUAACUUCUUCAUUCCGCGCAUGGAUGAGGCGUUCAUUAUCAGCUUCAAGAUUGGCGAUCCGAGGCAGAAU